CACUGCUGCAGGACUCCAGGAGAAUUUGUCCUAGAGAAAUCUGGAAUAAUUAUUUUGUCUUAUUUAAUGAGCUCCUCCUGGAUUUAGAAUCCUCUGGGAUGCAGAACCCCUUAGGCCCAGGGAUGAGCAGAAUGAGAAGUGUGAGCAGGGAAGGAAGAGACGCCGGUGAUGACUACCAAGGCUGUUUUUCCUAUACCUCCACUGAGUAGAUGGCAACAGGAGCUUGGAUCAUGGCCUGGGAUUCUCAAAGCAUUCUGGGUAAGUUGGAAGGAAGAUUCUGAUGAUACAAUAUGAUAGAAGAGAACCAAACUGUGAUCUCCCAGUUCCUUCUCAUGGGUCUGCCCAUCCCUUCAGAGCACCAGCAACUGUUCUACGCCCUGUUCCUGUCCAUGUACCUCACCACUGUCCUGGGGAACCUCAUUAUCAUCAUCCUCAUUUGUCUGGAUUCCCAUCUCCACACACCCAUGUACUUGUUUCUCAGCAACUUGUCCUUCUCUGACCUCUGCUUUUCCUCUGUCACAAUGCCCAAAUUGUUGCAGAACAUGCAGAGCCAGGACACAUCCAUCCUCUAUGCAGGCUGCCUGACACAAAUGUACUUUUUCUUGCUUUUUGGAGAUCUCGAGAGCUUCCUGCUUGUGGCCAUGGCCUAUGACCGCUAUGUGGCCAUCUGCUUCCCCCUUCAUUACGUGAGCAUCAUGAGCCCCAAGCUCUGUGUGAGUCUGGUGGUGCUGUCCUGGGUGCUGACUACCUUCCAUGCCAUGCUGCACACCCUGCUCAUGGCCAGAUUGUCAUUCUGUGAGGAUAAUGUGAUCCCCCACUUUUUCUGUGACAUGUCUGCUCUGCUGAAGCUGUCCUGCUCUGACACCCAUGUUAAUGAGUUGGUGAUAUUUGUCAUGGGAGGCAUCAUCCUUGUCAUUCCAUUUGUGCUCAUCAUUGUGUCCUAUGUCCGAAUUGUCUCCUCCAUUCUCAAGGUCCCAUCUGCUCGAGGCAUCCGUAAAGCCUUCUCCACCUGUGGCUCCCACCUGUCUGUGGUGUCACUGUUCUAUGGGACAGUCAUUGGUCUGUACUUAUGUCCAUCAGCUAAUAACUCUACUGUGAAGGAGACUGUCAUGGCCAUGAUGUACACGGUGGUGACUCCCAUGCUGAAUCCCUUCAUCUACAGCCUGAGGAACAGAGACAUGAAGGGAGCACUGAACAGAGUUAUUUGUAAGAAGAAAGUUUUCUUCUGUCUAUGAUGGUAAUGAUUGAAAUUUAUUUAAUAGAUAAAUUAUAUCUGGAUAUCAUUAUAAUAUUACUUCUUUUUUUCACUAGGGAAUAUUUUGUUAAGGGGACAUAUUAUAUAAUUGCCCCAAAAUUAAAAUAGAAGUAGAAACAUCUAGUUGGUUAAGAAGGGCUCCGUAUGAUUUGCUUGUAGAGUUUUCCAAUUUGUUAAUUCAAGGUGACCCUGAGAAGGCAUAUAUAAAAUCUUUUAAUAUGAGCCAUCGAGAUGAUUCAGGUGAUUUUCUGCUGAACCUGAUGACAGUAAUUUAACCCCAAGAACCUAUAUGGUAGAGGGGAGAACCGACUUACACUAGUUGCCUUCUGACAUCCAUGCCUGUGCUGUGGCACACACACAUACACAGGCAAACAGCAAGUAGUUAGAGAGAGAUUGUGUAAAAACUAGUUCUGUUUUUGGCUGUUACAAUAUUAACAUUUAUUCAGUAAUUUAAAAACUGUAACUGUUUUAAAUCACACUUUAUUCUUUCAUAGUGAUACUUUAGUAUUGUGUGUCUCCUGUCUCUUAGUCUAAAAUGUAGCUUUCAUUGAUAAAUAAAAAUUCUGUAUUCUUCCUAAGAAAAUUUUCCCAUUAUCUCCUCUCUUAGUCUGUAUUAAUUAUGCCUUGUUUUAGGUGCGUAUUGUUGGUCUUUUUUCAUUCAUUUACAUUUUAAAUUUGGUUUCUGUUUUUUUGUUGGUAUUUUUAAUUUGUAUUUCACCAAUAUUUCUUUUAUUGGAUAUUUUCUUUAUUUACAUUUCAAAUGUUAUCCUCUUUCCUGGUUUCCCUUCUGGAACCCCCCAUCCCAUCUCCCCACCCCCUGCUUCUAUGAGGGUGCUCCCCCACGAACCUACCCAUUUCUUCCCACCUCCCUGCCCUGGCAUUUCCCUACACUGGGACAUCGAGCCUUCACAGGACCAAGGCUCCCACUGAUAUCUGACCAGGCCAUCCUCUGCUACAUAUGCUACAUAUGGGUCCCUACAUAUGUACUCUUUGGUUGGUGGUUUAGUCCCUGGGAGCUUGGGGGGGGGUCUGGUUGAUUGAUGUUUGUUAUUAUUCCUAUGGGGUUGCAAACCCCUUCAACUCCUUCAGUCCUUUCUCUAACUCCUCCAUUGGGGACCCUGUUCUGAGUCCAAUGGUUGGCUCUAAGCAUCUGCCUCUGUAUUUGUCAGACUCUGGCAGAGCCUCUCAGGAGACAGCUAUAUCAGGCUCCUGUCAGCAUGCACUUCUUGGCAUCUGCACUAUUGUUCACUAAUUUUUAUAUACACUCAUUUUCACCUUGUGUGGUUUGUGAUAUCGUAUGUAUAGAUUUGCAAGCAGAAGCACUCACCAUGGUUGAUGGUACCCAUAUGGCUCUUAUUGCAUACUGUGAUAAAGCAUGUAUAAACAAGUGAUGACAAAUGAAGAGACAUAUUUA